UUUUCCCAUUCACAAACUUAUUUAUUACCAGCAAACAUUUCACAAUAAAAAUUUACUCGAUAUGAAGAAAUACAUUUUGGUAUUAAUUUUAGUGGCAUUUCUAAAUCUGCCGGACAUCACUCAUCCGUUGGAGGCUUUGGAUGACUUUGAAGUCCCUGUGGAAGUAACCACACUGCGUGAAUACAAAGAUGUUUUGGGUCCUGUUCAGCUGAAGGGCAUUGAAGGAAGGACUCGUCAAGUCCGCAAAUUGGAUACCCACGAAAAAAACCUUACGGUAAAAAUGAUUGAAAACUAUUGCUGUUUCUGGAUAUACCAAGCCCAUCCACCCAUUCCCUACACCUGGAAACAUAUGGCCUAUUAUCCCUUUGAUUUCCAAUUUAAUGGCGAUUUUGUGAAGAAUCAACGCCACAAUGAGUCCGAUGUGUAUUUAAGACAUAAGCAGUACUAACGUAUAACAAAAUCAAACGUAUAAUAUAUACCGAAAAAAUCUCUUUUAAGACAAAUUAAUCUAAAAAACCACUUAAAUAUAAGAAAACCUUUUCGUGUUUACAUAGGUAUUUUGCAUUUGUCCCUAACUUUUGGUAAUUUAAGAACUUCUUUAAGCCUUAAACGGCCUUGUCACACUUUGUGAAUCGUCAUUAGGAUUGUCAAAGUCAUUUAAAACAAUUCAAAACAGCUUAGAGAAACAAGAAAUGAACUAGAAUCCUAAAGUAUUGAAAAAACAAAAAUUUCUUCUGUCCAAAAAAUUGAUGUAAGAAAAGAGUUUUGAAUUUAUUCUUCUACUUCGCAUAUACCAUUCUUAAAGAAAUUACCAAACAAAUGUAUAAAAAACGUGACUAGUGUAAUUCUUAGACAAUUGAUUUGAAUUUGUAACCAUGCAUAAAAAAAUAGUGCAGUUUAUUCGAUUUAUAAUUAAAUCACUAAGUGCCGACAGUGGAUUGUGUGCACUGUGGCGAUGCAUUUAAUUGGGCCUACGGCACUCGACAGCUUAGCUGAGGCCCAGAAUUAUAAUUAACUUUGUCUGGCCAGCAAAACCUGACGGGGCCAAAGUUGCCUCAAAAGUUGAGACAUUCGUUCGCCGACCCCAAAAAUACAUGGCAAGGGCAGUGCUUUUUGUGCCUAAAAGCCUGACAGCACAUAAUGGAUUUGACACAUUAUAAUCAGGUUUGCAUAGUGUCCUUCGCCCAGUCUGUCAGUCAGUCAGUCAUUCAGUCAUCCAGUCAGUGAGUCGAGCGAUCCCUCGAGUACUCCUGGCAACUUGGGCGCUUUGACGUGCUCUGCUUAUUUGGUCAGCAAGUUGUUGUACUUGGCUCAAGUCCUACACAGAGGAAUAUAAUUACGAAAAUUGGAAGGAAAUAUGAAAAAACUAUAUAGGAAAAUGUAUUAUUAAAUGGCUGUAAUCAGCACUAUU